GUCUGCUGACUUCUGUCAUUUUCCUCCGUGUACGUCAUUCACCUGGAACACUUGGCUCGAUCCUCACGUCACUGACCCUUGGUCUGCCACAACAUAAGCUACAGGUUUCUCCUCCUCUGAUGACAUUCCUCUGGAUGCGUCCUGUGAUAAUUCUGUACAAUUAUGAUAAGGAAGAAGUGACUGGAGUAACUGGAGUGACUGGAGUGACUGGAGUGACUGGAGUGACUUGUGACUGAAGCAGCCAGUACUCGAUGUCGAAGACAAUGAAGAAGCUGCUGUUCUCCAUUGCAACAUUCUGCACACUUUCUUUCCUCACAGGGAUCAUCUACAGAAUAAAUAUGAGAGGACUUUCCCUAAAGCAGAACAGUAAAACAGCAACAAUGAUCAUGACAACUUGGCCAAAGACGACCCAUCAGGACAAAGAGUUACACACCCUUUUAAAGUUGACUGAAUGGCCACUACCCCUGCUCAACACAAGUUUAGAGUUUUCUACCUAUCCAAGAACUUCAAUAUAUUUUUUGCUUCAUCCUCGCUCUACCUAUGUCGUGGGAGAAAAGUUGGAGGUUCUCAUCAUAGCAAAAGACCAUAAAGGUCGAACUAAGAGCUAUGGUGGAGACUAUUUCCAUGCUAAGCUUCAUUCCCCAAGCCUGAAAGCUGGUGUCAGUGGUUCUGUUUCUGACAACUACAAUGGUACCUACACAGCUUCCUUCAUUCUUCAGUGGCCAGGUGAGACCAUGGUCUCCAUAAAACUCAUGCAUUCCAGUGAAGCCAUUGCAAUUUUGCAUGAAAAAAGAUCCACACGCCCAGAUAAGGUUUUCUUCAAAGGUUAUUUUUUUAAAAAUGGGACAGAAGAAGUGGUGGAAUGUAACUUUAACCUUCCUGGACAAGACGUUUGUGAAUAUUAUGACUCGCGGAAUGAAGAAAAAUGGGUGUGUAAGAGGCCGAAAACACUACCAUGUGAAGCUCUUCGAGACCACUCAUCUGGAGGCAACCGUCAUAUCCUAAGCAUAGAAGAAAAAAAGUUCUUCUCAAUGUCAUUGAUUGAACAAGAAAUUUCAUCAAAAGUCAAAUCCUUUAAUGUUCUUCCUCAAAAAGAUGACAUCAAAGUAAACAACUCUUGUGUAUCCGGGCUGAAGAAUCCAAAUCCCUCAGGAUUUUAUUAUCAGGACACAUGGACUUCCCUUGUCUGCUCCAAUCAAGAGUUCAAUACGUCCAACAAAGUUGCGAAUUGUCUCGCUGGAAAAAUGGUCUACAUGUUCGGAGACUCCACACUCCGCCAGUGGUGGGAAUAUCUAGUGAAGUUUGUUUCAACUCUCAAGCAAAUCGACCUUCACGUGACUCAUAAUCCUGGUCCAUUGUUAGCAACAGACUCAGAGCAUAACUAUAUAGUGCAGUGGAGAGUGCACCAGAAGCCUCUGCGCAUGGAGCGGACAGGAGUUCAAGAGCUACACUACGUUGCUACAGAGCUGGAUGGACUGGGAGCCCGGAAAGGAAUGGUCAUCGUGUUGACUUGCUGGAGUCACUUUCUUACCUAUCCCUUAGCAUUUUAUGUACGGCGCCUGAAGCACAUUCGAGAGGCAGUAAUACAGCUCUUGGAACGUAGCCCUGAUACAAAGAUUCUCAUUAAAUCAGCCAACACCGGAUAUAAGUUCGACCAUGGCAGUGACUGGUUGUCCUACCAGCUGGACACAGUGAUGAGAGCCAUGUUUUCCACACUGCCAGUGACCAUACUGGAUGUCUGGCAAAUGACCUCUUGCCACAGAUUGCCAGAAAACCUUCAUCCGCAGGAGAUCAUAAUCAAAAAUGAGGUGGACCUGAUGUUGUCAUUUAUAUGUCCUCAGUAAUUGCACCAUUUUCAGUAUACCACACCUUUUAUCCAGACUCAUGUAUCUCCAUGGUUACAGACUACAUGUAAACCCUGUGAAGUCGGAUUCUCCAGUCAUACAGUCAUCUAAAUGCCCCUUACUAAUUCCUAAACGUUAUGCCUUCAAGAAGCUGCAAGUUCAGACUAUACAAGGUUUCGUGCUUCCCAAUUUUGCCAAAAUAUUUGGAUUUUAACAAACCCAAUUUUUUGGGUGAUUUGUUGAGAGAGAGAGACUAGUAUGCUACUUGGGGUUUCUGGGAAAAAUAUGUGUUGUCUGCUAGGUACUAUUUAUCUAUCUCUCUCUUUCUUCCAUCUAUCUCUUUAUCUUAUCUCUUCAGAAAUAUGAGACUAGAGAGCCGUUAUUUACCAAUUUCCAGGGCAAUUGGAGCAUUUUUUAAUUAGGUAGAAUUGAUUCAGACCCAAAAAAAGUUAGAAAUU